CGUCAAAUCUGCAGUCUACUGCGCUCAAACUCGGAAUCACGAUGGGCUUCGUUCUGUUCCUAGCACUGGUGUUCUAUUCCACAAAUGCAUCUGCUUUCCAGACAUCUAAGUGUCAACACUUGCGAGAGAGAUGUGUGAGUGAAAGCAGUCAAUGUGCAAGUGUCCUGACUUUACUGGGAGAUGUUUGCAGCAUUUCAGGUAGCAACUGCACAGUGAAAGAUUCGCUGAGCUGUAAUAAAACAUCCCAGUUCUUAAUUGACAAUUUCCAAGAAUUUAAAGACUGCAUCUGCACAAAAGAUGGCUGCAACUUCAAAGAAUUACUCGGCGAACAGUGUUUCACCAGUAAAGGGAAGUCCAAGCCUCCUUCAGCCAUGGAUAUUCCAUUAAAUUUCCUGCAGGAGACGAAAUUGAAAGAGAUUGCACCUACAGGCAGAUCAGACUGCACACAGGCACUGGAAAUCUGUCGAGAAGAUGUCACCUGUUUCAAACUGUACACGGAUUUUCAGAGAGCAUGCACAGCAGAGAGAACAAAAUGUAGCCUCCGAAUGGUGCGGCAGCAAUGUUUCGCAGCAUGGAGGGCACUAAGGAAAACUCUGCUCGAGAUGAGCAAGGGACCAGAACCCAUGCAUAAAACAUGCACUAAAAUCUUCAAUAACACAUGCUUACAAUACACACAGGAACAUCAAACCUCCAACAUAAGUAAGGAAACCAAUGCAGAGGAGAGGACUCCAGUCAUCAAUGCAGAUCAUAUGAAAAUAAAAUUGCAGUGGAAGUCGUCAGCUCUUUCUAACUAUGUGUACAAACAUCUGCAAUCCUGUUUCCGAGUAAAUCUGGAAUGCGUUAAUGAUGAAGUCUGUAACAGUCAAUUAUCUCUGUACCGUCAAGCUUGCCAAGUGAAUGGAACACAGUGCAAUGGGAAUCAAUGCCAAGGAGCACUAAGGCUCUUCUAUGAAAAUAUGCCUUCUAAUGUUGCCCAGAUGUUGACAUUUUGUGACUGCAUGCCGUCAGAUGAGAAUUGUCACCAAGCCAAAGGAUUCCUUCAUGGGAAACCAUGUGUAGGCAACAUGGUUUCAGCUCCUUCAUGUCUCAGUGUAAUUCACACAUGCCAAGGUAACCCUUUCUGCUGGGGAAAAUUUGGGGCAUUUACAUCAAAGUGUUUGAAAGAUGUCAGCCAAACCUGCCUUGCAGAUCAAGCCUGCCUACUAUCUUUGAGCCCAAGUGAUCUGGUUUGCUCCAAUAGUGCUGAGUGCAGAGCUGCUUAUGUCAGCAUGUGGGGGACGAUCCUUCGGGUGGAGUGCACCUGUGACCUCACCUCCCUGGCUGAAGAGUCUGCAUGCAAGCUCUUCCAUCACAUACUCCACAGCAAGACUUGCUUCAGUCAGAUGUCAGGUGAAGAGGUUGACAUUUCCCCAUCAUAUAUGGAUCUGCCUGGAAAAACCCUUCCUGCAACAGGUGUGCAGCCUUUUUUAAAUGGUGACACAAUCUACUUCAUUGUAUGUGCUGCUUGCAUAAUACUUGUCCUGGAAAUCAUCCUGCUGACGGUAUUAAAGACUAGAGCUUGCACACCUGUCUACAAGGCAAAGACAAGUUUGCCAGUGUAUUUAUCGGAGAGGCUCAUGACCCCCCAACAACAGUGGAACAUCAACUAUGCUGAUGACUCUCUUUCAGGUUCUUCUCGUUAGCUGGUCUGUUACAUAGAGGCUUUCAUGAGAAAGGAUACAUUACACUGCCACAUCAAGCAAGCGCUGGGAAACUUAACAGCACGAAAGAGCCCCUUGGGGUUUCUAUUUCAUCACGUAAUAUUUGCUUCAAUGUCAUGUUGAUGAUGUGCAUGAUAUAUCAUCCAGAAAGGCAGAACCACAAUUAAUCUUAGAAAAUACAUAUUCUUAAACCCACAUUUGCCAAGAUUUAAUUAUAGUCAUUAUUAUUUAGACCUUUAUCGUGCCAUUCCUUCAAAGAUCUCAGGAGCUAGGUUGCCCCUCUCCAACUUUAUCCUCACCACAACCCCAUGUGGUAGGUUAGGCGGAGAGAAAACGGCCGACAUCCAGACUAGCAUUUCAAUAACACAACAAGGACAGUGCACUUAAGAAGUUUGUGGAACUUUUUGAAGUUGCAGUUUUCUGCAAUGAUGAACAACUGCUACUGGAAGACCUUCUCUGAGACAGAUACAAGGUUACACAAUGCAUUGUGCCAUGUGAUGUAAAAACCCAUUGUGCGACUUGUGAAAUAUGUUGUGCAACCUGCUUUGGAACGUCUUGUGCAACGUGUCAACAUGUGGGAAAGAAGUUCCUUUCUUCGUACAAUGUUGUUGCACUGAAUCCUUGUGCAAUACUAGUUUGGAUGUAGGCCAUUGACUAUUCCAAGGUCCCCCAGUGAGCUUCAUGGCUGUAGGUUUAUGAAACUUCAUGUGAGUGUCCCCUAGUGAGCUUCAUGGCAGUAGAUUUAUCAAUGGCUACUAGUUGGGUGGCUAUAGGUCACCUCUAGCCUCAGAGGCAAGAUGCCUCUAAAUACCAGUUGCAGGGGAGUAAUAGCAGGAAAGUAACAGCACCUCUUGCCUGUGGGCUCCCCAGAGGCAUCUGGUGGUCCACUGUGUGAAACAGGAUCCUGGACUGGUUGGGUCUUGGCAGGGCUUUUCUUAUAUAAACUGGGACUCCCUGCUCCUAAUCCAAUGUUCUAACGAUGGCAUCACUCUGGCUCUCAUACAACAUUAAUGAGGUAGCAUUAAUGUGCAGGCAGGGCUCACUUGCAAGGGAGAACUGGCACUGUCUGGCUGGCAAGAGUGAAGUUUAACCUCUCCCAUGCCAUUGAUUCUCCCCUUUAAAAAUUCCUCUUCCCAGCCAUUCCCAUCCUAACCCCAACAGACACUUCUGAUUUCAGAGAUCAGUUUGGAGAAAAUGUUCUAAACAGUGUGUGUUGGGAGAUAGUAUUUGCAGUGAAAUACCAGUGGGCAAGAAAAAACCCUAAAUCAUCCAUGAGUUCAUCCUCACAAAUGCCCUCAGGCCUUUAUGCUUGCUACAUAGUGUUAGUUCCACCCACCAUAAGUCUUCAAGUUAUAUUACUUUCUUAUUACACUACAGAUGUUCAUUGUUUUCCAGCAGGAUCCCUUUAAGUUAACUAAUUACAGAUCUGUUUCUAACCUUCCAUAGUUGGGCAAGGUGAUUGAGUGGGUGCUGAGAGGGUCUCAGUUCCAGGAAGUUUUGGAUGAUGCAGAUUAUAUAGACCCAUUUCAAACUGACUUUUGUGUGGGCUAUGGGGUUGAGACAGUCUUUGUCAGCCUGAUGAAUAAUCUCCAAUGGGCUAUCAACAGAGUGUGACUCUGCCUAUCCUUUUGGAUCUCUCUGCAGCUUUCAGUACCAUUGACCAUGGUAUUCUUCUGGGCUGCCUGAGGGAGGUGGGAUUAGUUGGCACAAUUUUGCAGUGGUUCCGUUCCUACCUCUUGGACAGAUUCCAGAUGGUGGAGCUUGGUGAUGGUUGCUCUUCGGAACAGGAGCUAUUAUAUGGAGACCCUCAGGGUUCCAUUCUGUCACCAAUCCUUUUAAAAAUCUAUAUGAAACCACUGGGAGAGAUCAUCAGGAGGUUUGGUGAUGGGUGUUAUCAAUAUGCUGAUGACACCCAGAUCUCCAUGUUGACCUCAUCAGAAAUGGCAUAUAUUCCCUAAAUGCCUGCCUGGAGGCAGUAAUGGGCUGGAUGAGGGAUAACAAACUGAAGUUGAAUCCAAAUAAUCCCCCUGAAAGAUCAGGUACAUAGUUUGGGAGUGCUCCUGGACCCAAAGCUCUCCCUGGUUUCUCAAGCUGAAGCAGUGGCCAGGGUGCUUUUUAUCAGCUUUGGCUGAUACAUCAGCUAUGUCCAUUUGUAGAGGUGAAUGACCUUAAAACAGUGGUACAUAUGUUGGUAACCUCCAGGCUUGACUACUGUAAUGCACUCUACGUGGGGCUGCCUUUGCACGUAGUCCGGAAACUACAAUUGGUACAGAAUGUGGCCACCAGAUUGGACUCUGAGACAACACGAAGAGCAUCUCAUUCUGUUUGUUUGCAGGAAGACCCUCAAGACUCUCCUGUUCUCGCAGGCUUUUAAUUAGAAUUAAUUUUAAUAAUUUGUUUUAAUAACUGUUUUAUGCUAUUUUUAUUAUGUCAUGUAUUUUAAUCUGUAUUGACUUUUAAAUAAUUUAAAUUUUGUACACUGCCUAGAGAUGUCCAUAUCAGGUGGUAUAAAAAUAUGAUUGAUAAACAAACAAAUAUUAAUUAGCAGUGCUCCCUUACCUGUGCACUUCCUUGGAUAGGUCUUACCUGUGCACUUCCACUACAGCUGGGAUAGGCGCCCCCUCCAAAUUCCCUAACUUGUGUAGCCUCUGAGCUCUUAUUUUGAUCUUGGUUUUAUCUACAUGUUAUUGAUCUGAACUACUGAUUGCCUUUAUAGCUUGUUUCAUUGAUGCUUUAAAAAAAAUUUAAAAGCUGCUUUGGUUAUUA